GGGAAGAAAUAAAUCAUAUCCCUCAAUUAAGGAAAUAUAAGAAGCUAUAUUUAAGGAGGAACGUGAAAUUAAGUAUAGAGUUUCCGUUGCAUGUUACAAAAUAUAGAUGGAAAAUAAAUAUAGAAUAUCCGUUGUUAACAAAGACAGAUACAAACAGAGCCAGAAAGAUCGGACACCAAGUCUCUUGUAAGUUCUAACAUGUCCACAUGAAAAUAAUUGACAGAAGACAGACAGAUAUAGUACAUAUCUUUGUCAUUGUUUCUCUUUCUCAUUUCCAUCCUAUAAUUGCAUUGCAUUGCAUAUUUGCAUUUGCUCUUGUUCAAAUACCAAUAAAUUUAAACCAAAUAAAUCCCCCUCUUCACCACCUCUUCCUUUAAUAACCAAAAAAACAUCAUGAGAGAAAUCCUCCAUAUCCAAGCAGGGCAAUGUGGUAACCAGAUUGGUGCCCAAUUUUGGGAGGUGGUUUGCAACGAGCACGGUAUCGACACGAGCGGCCAAUAUGUCGGGGAUUCUCCUCUCCAACUCGAACGAUCCGAUGUUUACUACAAUGAGGUGAGAGGUGGAAGGUAUGUUCCGAGGGCGGUCAUGAUAGACCUUGAGCCUGGCACCAUGGAUUCUCUUAAAUCUAGCCCUUAUGGUCAGAUUUUUAGGCCUGAUAAUUUUGUGUUUGCACAAAAUGGUGCUGGGAAUAACUGGGCUAAGGGACAUUAUACUGAAGGUGCUGAAUUGAUUGAUUCUGUUCUUGAUGUUGUUCGUAAAGAAGCUGAAAAUUCUGAUUCCUUGCAAGGAUUCCAACUAUGCCAUUCCUUGGGAGGAGGAACCGGAUCAGGGAUGGGAACACUGCUAAUAUCAAAGAUAAAAGAGGAGUAUCCUGAUCGUAUGCUCAUGACGUUUUCCGUGUUUCCGUCUCCAAAGGUGUCAGACACGGUGGUGGAGCCCUACAACGCCACGCUCUCUGUACACCAGCUGGUGGAGAAUGCUGACGAAUGCAUGGUGCUUGACAAUGAAGCCCUCUAUGAUAUUUGCUUCCGCACUCUCAAGCUCACCAACCCUCGCUUCGGCGACCUAAACCACCUUAUCUCAGCAACAAUGAGCGGCAUUACAUGCUGCCUUCGGUUCCCUGGUCAGCUGAACUCCGACCUUAGAAAGCUAGCCGUGAACCUGAUACCCUUCCCUCGGCUCCACUUCUUCAUGGUUGGGUUUGCACCCUUGACCUCCAUCAACUCACAGCAGUAUCGUGCCCUGUCCAUCCCAGAGCUCACCCAACAAAUGUGGGACUCUAAGAACAUGAUGUGUGCUGCAGACCCUCGUCAUGGACGUUACCUCACUGCUUCAGCAAUGUUUCGAGGGAAGAUGAGCACCAAGGAGGUUGACCAGCAAAUGACAAAUGUUCAGAGCAAGAAUUCAUCCUACUUUGUAGAGUGGAUCCCUAACAACGUGAAGUCAAGUGUGUGUGACAUCCCUCCAACCGGUCUUUCUAUGUCUUCGACUUUCAUAGGGAACUCGACUUCCAUUCAAGAGAUGUUUAGAAGGGUGUCGGAGCAGUUUACAGUUAUGUUUAGGAGGAAGGCUUUCUUGCAUUGGUACACUGGAGAAGGUAUGGAUGAGAUGGAGUUCACUGAGGCUGAGAGUAAUAUGAAUGAUCUGGUGUCUGAGUAUCAACAGUAUCAGGAAGCUGGAGUGGAGUAUGAGGAGGAAUAUGAUCAAGAAGAGGAUGUUUAAGUUAGCUCCAUUCAAAAUUAUGAGGGGGAAAUGGAUAGAGUUUAAUCUCUUUCAAGUUUUAAUAGCAAAAGGUGGGUAAGAGGGGGGGAUUCUUUUCUGUACAAGGAACUUGUUUGAUUUAUUUUUCUUUUGUUUGGGCGUAACUAAAUUAAUACAAGAUAUACUGAAUUUAUUAUAACCUACAAAAACAUGUUCAUCAAUCAUUAUUCAAGACAUGGUACCU